AUGGUUAACAAGCCUAUGCGAUGCGCGAGCAAGGCCGCCGAGAGCGCGUCUGCACGUCUCUGUGCGGACGCCGAAGCAGAAACCACAGCAACUGAUGUCUCAUCGGUUGCUGAAGCGACCCAGCCUGUGUCACUUGGUGAUGCAGGCGCUGGUCAUGAAGACACUCAUGUCUUCACAGAGUAUGAGCCCGGUGUCUCCUACUCUCCUGAUACGGAAGACGGAUCCGUAUCGACGGCGAUCGAAUCCAAGCCGCCUGCCAAGCGUGGCAUGGAUGAUGCUAUGCGUCAUAGCAUCUUUGGUUCAUCUGAUGAAUCAGAUGAACCAUCGCUGAAGCGAAGGCGGUUGAGGUCGCGAGACUCGGGCGCUAACAGUGGUGUCGGUUCUCCUGUGGACACCACUUCGCAACGAGGUGCCAGUCCUUCUGUCGGCACGUCGCAGGAAGAGCGGGACCGCAAUGUCUUGCGUCUCGCUCCCAAAAAGAAGGCAUGGCUGCCUCCGAAAGUCGGUCAUGGAUCGCUUGUCGGCGACGACGAGUGA